GCGUGAUCAUGCUCAGCAUACCUCCAGCUCCGCUAGGCAUCGCGGCUGUAGCCAUAGCCGCUGUGUUUGUCUUUCUCGACAUCGCUGCAGUCUCGUUAAGGCUAUGGGCGAAGAAGAUAAAGCAGCGACCGCUGGACGCCACAGACUACCUCAUCUUGGGUGCUUUGUUUUUCGCAACCGUCGAUAUGAUCACGAAAGGAUUUGGCAAGUAUUACGUUUCCUUUGAUGACGCAAUAACGUUUGCGCAAUACUUCAUCUGGGGGAUAACCAUUCUGCUCAUCAAACUUUCCAUCCUCCUCCUCUACCGCGGCAUCUUCCACUGUAUGGUAUACACGCUCGUCGCCAUAUACGCCUCGAUGGCGAUCUGCGUUGGGAUCUGGAUUCUCCAAAUCGGUAUUCUCUUCGGAUCGUGCCAGCCGCUUGCCGUCAACUGGGAUCCUUCGGUGCCAGGCAGCUGCUACUUCAAGGGCGUCAGUGAAUACGUGAUAUCCAUGUCGACGAAUCUUGCCAUGGAUGUCGUGUUGGUGCUGAUCCCGGCGCCCGAGGUCUGGAGACUGAAACACAUCUCCGUCAAGAAGAAGAUAGGCAUAAGCUGCGUGUUCGGGCUAGGAAUCUUGACGUGCAUCCUCGUUGGUCUGCGCUUCAAGUAUCUCUACGAGAUGAACAUGGCAGAUGCCACGCACGACGGCGUGCCUUCGGGCAUUAUUUCCAGUGUGGAGCUGUACCUCGGAAUCAUCUGUGCCUGUCUGCCUAUCAUGCCUCCAGCUUUCGUGCAGGCGGGGAAAAAGAUGCAAAGCAGCUAUGCCGCCGGGCUGCUCACGCGCAAGACAUCCAAAGACUCGUCGCUAGGCAGCCAGAAGCCCGAACAAACUGCUGUGGAUAGUAAAGAGCCAGAUUACGAUCAGAUUGAGCUCAAUUCGUGGCCACCCCGAACACAACAUGAAGUCUGA